AUGGCGUCCCCCUCCGCGGGCCCGCCACCCAAACCGGCCCCACCUAAACGCGCGCCGUCAUACAUCAACUUUACGCCGCGCAGGGCCAUGGCGAGCUUCGAGAACUUGGUUGCGCUUGCGAAUUAUGAGGAACAUCUGAGGGAGGCUAGGAAGAUGGUUUGGAGGGAUCGUGGGGAGCCGGCUGUGGAGGUUGGCGAUUUGGGAGAGUGUAUUGAGCAUGGCUUGCGGGGUGGCUUGCGUGCUGGCUCUAUCGCGUUCACAAUACGCUCAGGCGUGAACCUCAUCCUACUGCUGGUGAGGAUACGAAGAAUACCUCGAGACCAGGUACUUGCUGUGAUACGAAGAGCAAUCUUCGGCGAGGACUCCUUCCGUGCGGGCGCCAUGCUGGGAUGCUUUGUCUCGCUAUACAGGAUCCUUCUCAAUGCAUUCCCCAUCAUAUUCCCCGUGCACAUCCCCCUGAGCACCCGGAUCGCCCAGCUCUACGCCGCUAUACGGGCGGGUACACUACAGCGCCGCAUUGCAGACGCCGAAUCUGCUUUGGAGGACAUCGAGGAAUCGCCUACUAGCUCGCCAGAAGUCUCGCCCGUCUCCCGCCGCGGCACACAUGCCCACUUCGCCGAGCCCCUCCCUCGACCACCGCGUCCACCACGAGAAGCUCGCCUAAGUGUGACGGCGCAGGCACAUCAGCAAUGGGUGCGAAAGAAGACAAGACGAUGGCAUGCGGUCAUCGCUGGUGCGGUGGCCGGUGGCGCUGCGGUAUUGUUCGAGAAGCGGUCGAGACAGACGAUCAUCAGUCAACAGCUGUUUGUGCGCGGAUUACAGGGUUCGUAUAACGCGUACUCGGAGCGGAAGGGCAUCCGGGUGCCUUACGGAGAUGUACUGGUAUUCUCGCUUGCGUGCGCGCAGAUCAUGUAUGGGUAUCUCGUACGGCCAGAGACGUUACCACGGUCGUACAUCAAGUGGAUAGAUACGGCGUCGCGUCUUCCACCAGAGACGGUCUCCAUGAAUCGCGAUCUUGCGUUGACAGGCAAGUUCAACGUCAAGGAUCUCGAGACCAUCCUCGAAACACCUUACAUUGCGCCACGAAACGCGACUGAGCUCGCUGUGAAGCAUAUGCUCGCAACCGCAAACCCGCCUAUCUGGGGCUAUCCCAAUGCACCGUGUCUCGCAAGUCAUCCCGGCGUCGAGAACUGCACGGAUGUCCCUAUGGACCGCUUCGUGUCAGUGUUCAAGUGGAUGUUCCCCAUUUACGGCGCAUUGCAUCUACUACCGACCUUGAUCUUCAAGCCAAAGGUUGCUGUCAAGACACCAUUGCGCACAUUCUUGCGUGCUGCUUGGGGAACGACGCGGUCGAGCGCUUUCCUCGGCAUCUUCGUCGUCAUAUACCAAUCCUACUUCUGCGCGAAGGUCAACACGUCCCGUGUUCUCGCAGACCUCGGCGCCCCAAUCUGGCUCCUGCGCCUCGUCCGUUCACGCGCGUCAUACUACCUCGGCGGCUUCCUCUCAGGUCUCUCCCUCCUCGUCGAAGCCCCUCGCCGUCGCCCAGAACUGGCGAUGUAUGUUCUCCCGAAGGGCUUGGAGAGCGGCUGGCGGGUCGCGAGGGGACAGGGUCUUGUACCGAACAAGACACGGUACGGUGAGGCACUGCUGACGGCCAUCGGGAUGGGGAUGGUCAUGAGCACCUAUCAGAACGACCCGCAGCACUUGAGUGGGCUGGUUAGGAGGGUGUUGUAUCAGUUCAUUGGGCCUAACUAG